GAGCAGUAUGAAACCAGAUGUUCUGAGGAAAAUGGUAACUGAGUCAAGAACAGGUUUAUCGCCUCCUCUGAUAAGCCGGGACAAGGGAAAUGUCAGUGAAAUGGACAUUCUUUACAAUCGGAUUGACCAACAGGUUGAACUUAUAAGUGUGUUGAAGCAGCGGCUCGAUGAAAUGACCAAACGGUGGGAAAGAAGCGAAGCAGAGCUCGAACAACAGGAAAUAGAACGAAGCAAGGUGCAACAAUCCCAUAUCCAGAUAGCAAAGAAAUACUCGAACCUGGAGGUCCGCUGGCAUCAACUGUCAGGGAAUCACAAUGAAAUGAUAGCUUUAAAGGACGACUACAAAGAUAAAUGUAGGUUGCUAACUGAGCGAUUAAAGAAACUUGAGGCUGGAGAGAGUGCUGCUUUGGCGGUCGAGCAGAGAAAAUAUCAUGAUCUUAAAAAACAAGUUUCUGAUUUGAAGGAGUCACAGAGGAAACAUGUCUCUCAUGAAACUAGUUUGCAAGAGACAAUCAAAUCGCUAGAAAGUCAAGUUGAGUUGAUGUUGGAGAAGGAAAACAAACUUCUAGAAGAUUUCCAACAUACUCAAAUAUAUCACAAACAAUCGGUGUCUCAGUUUGAGCUGAAGUUAGAGGAUAAUGACGCAUCACUAGCUCAGAGCAAAAACCAGAAUGAACAGAUGAAGAGCCAGAUAUCGGAUCUAACCCAGCAAAUUAUCAUCAGAGGAAAACUUGUCCAGGAUAAAGACGACAACGUGAAGAAACUACAGUCCGACAAGAAAAGGGUUGAUGAGAAAAACAAGAAGUUAGCUAAAGAGUUGGUGGAUCUUACUGAAAGUGUCAACAGCAACAGAAUUGUAAAGGAUUUAAGGGAGAAGCUGAUUGAUGAGAAGGAUAGGUUCAAGAGACUGGAGAUGGAGCUGGAACUGUUUAAAACGGCAGCCAAAGAGCAGCUAAUGAAAGAGCAAUCUGUCAACAAGCAACUUCGACACGUUUCCCUAGAUCGAGCAUAGAAGUGAAAGUGAAAGUGAUCGAGCAUAGAAGUGAAACUUUCAAUCAGUGAAUUUGAGAUUUGACUUCAUCCACCGGUCGGUGAUAUCAUAAUACAAAUGAUGAUUCUUACAUAAUCCAACAAAGAGACUCGUGGCCUUGAACUACAACAGUAGAUUUUACUAUCAGAUGUUUUACUAUCAACAAGUUAGCUACUUAAACAAAUUGAGACAAACUCGGAAGCAAGGUAAAUUCUGCGCAAGUUUUCUGUCUCGAUAUUGACUGUUCAUGUUGAGCUAGUAUCUAAGCUGGUUAAUGUUUCGGUCGGCAUCUUUUUUAAAGCAGUUCCAGACUCCAGAAGAAUCAGAGAAUUAAAAUUGUGACUGUGGUAUAACUAUAAUCAAAAGUUACAAUGUUUAGUCACGGUAAGAUUUUAUUUAGUUUGAGAUUUUUUGGGUUUAUUUAUAUAACUUUCGUACAUCAGAUAAUUUUACAUGAUUUCCCAUUGUAUAGACAGAAAAUGUACAUAUAAUAUGUAUCAAUCAGAUUACUAUUUGUAAAAUGUAUAUUUAUAAAUUGAAUCUAUUUACAAUUAA